AUGGGAAAUGCCUCUGAAAUAUUUUUGUUCGUGUCCAGAAUAUCAAAAAACUACGACUUCCUCAUGGGAACUCUUUACACCAUUUUUGGUUUGCUGUCUGUGCUGGGUAACGGGAUCCUGCUGUUUGUGGCUUAUAGAAAAAAGUCCUCCCUGAAACCAGCAGAACUCUUCGUUGUGAAUCUGGCCAUCAGUGACCUGAGUAUGACUGUAACGCUGUUUCCUCUGGCAGUUCCUUCAGCCUUGGCACACAAGUGGUUAUUCAACAUGACAGCCUGCACUAUCUAUGCCUUCUGUGGUGUUUUGUUCGGACUGUGCAGUUUGACCAACCUCACGGUGCUUUCCUGUGUCUGCUGGCUCAAGGUCUGCUGUCCAAACUAUGGUAACAAGUUCUCAUACUACCAUGCUGGCCUGUUGGUUGCUGUCAUCUGGUGCUACGCUGGAGUGUUUGCUGUAGGUCCGCUCUCCGGGUGGGGAGCUUAUGGGCCGGAGCCUUACGGGACAGCAUGCUGCAUUGACUGGCAUGGUCCCAGCCAAAAUUCUGCAUCUAUGAGCUACAUAAUCUGCCUCUUCUUCUUCUGUUACACUGUACCCUGUACCGUCAUCUUUCUGUCCUACACGUUCAUCUUGCUGACUGUGCGUGGUUCCCGCCAGGCUGUGCAGCAGCACAUGUCACCACAGAACAAGAUCACCAAUGCACAUGCUCUCAUUGUUAAGCUUUCAGUGGCAGUUUGCAUCGGCUUCCUGACAGCAUGGAGCCCAUAUGCGAUAGUCUCCAUGUGGGCGACGUUCGGUAACCCUGCAAAUGUACCACCCAUGGCUUUUGCGCUUGCAGCAAUCUUUGCUAAGUCCUCCACCCUUUAUAACCCUAUUGUCUAUUUGGCCUUUAAGCCCAAUUUCCGCAAGUCACUGUGCCGAGAUGUAGCUCGUUGCAGGAGUACGUUCUGUGGGUGUUUGUGCCAACACGGCUCUGCCCAGAAGGGAAUGUGCAAACAAUCUCAUCACAUUGAAGAGUGCAACUCUACAAGGUUGUCCAACGGGCUACCGGAGAACCACGGGACCUGCAAACACUGCCCUUGCACUGAAACGGCCACUGGUGCCAGAAAAAACUUGACAGGUUACAGCCCUCAGCAGACAGCCAGGAUACUGAAAGGAUCUGGGCACACUGAAGUGACUGUCAGUCAACUCUCUAAUGAGUUACAGAGUGACUUCCUUUAG